AUGUGGAUCAGUGCUGCCGUAGAUGUGCCGGACCCUUGGAAUGACGUCCAAUCACUCGUGUUUGAGCAUUUUUUCGCAAUUAAACCUUACGGUCUGACCCCUGAUGAUGAAACGGAAAUCCAGCAAAAGUUCAGCAUGAAGAGCUGCCAAGUAUAUAGUGUAUGGGUUUCCUUGAGUCAACUCAACUACUCAACUCAUCAACUCAACUUUGCAUCCUGCCCGACCCUGCCUAGUCCAACGAAAGAACGAUAUACUCUGGAGGAUGCUCAACGUUAUAUUGAAUCCUCUAGCCCUAGUCUCCCAGGUUGGCGAUUUUUCAACGUCACGGCCUCGACACUUAUCUUGCCCUUAACGAAGACAGCGAAAGUGGAUCAACGAGCCACACUGGACGAUCAUAAUUAUAGUUUUGAGCAUCGUGAUGCGAAUGAUUUCGAGGCCGCUGGCCUUGAGAACGUUGCU